AUGCAUCUUUCCAAGUUAUACGCUAUUGCCAUUUUACUAGUGGCAAGUGUCCAUGGUGGGCCAGUUGAUGUGAAGAAAAGAAAAGCUGACGCCAAUGCCAAUGCCAAUGCCAAUUCUAAUGCUAAUGCUAAUGCUGAACCAUGCCUUCUUGGUCUUUGCAAUCUUGUUGACAACUUAGGAGACACACUCACAGGUGUUGUUGGCACAGUUGGAGACACUGUCGACGAUGUGCUUGAUGGUGUUACUGGUGAUGCUAGCGGUGGAGUGACUGGUGUUUUGGACAACAGUUUAGGUGAAAACUUGGGAGAAGUUGUUGACAGUGUUGUCGAUGUUGUGCAAGGUGUUGUUGACUCUCUUGGUGGUGUUGUUACAGAUCUUUCUGGAGAUACGGUCACCAGUGGAUUGACAGAUGUUUUGGGUGACGGAUUGACCAAUAGCUUGGGAGACAAUGUUGGGGAUCUUGUAAACAAUGUUGUGGACACUGUUGGUAGUGUUGUGGACACAUUAGAUGGGGUUGUUUCAGGGCUCACUGGUGAAGCUGGCGAUGGCAGCUUAGGCGACAAUCUCGGAGAUGUGGUGAACAACGUUGUGGACACAGUUGGCACUGUUGUGGACACAUUAGAUGGAGUUGUUUCGGGACUCACUGGCGAUACUACAAGUGGAUUAGGUGACAGUGUUGGAAAUGUUGUGGACAGUGUUGUUGACGUUGUUCAAGGAGUUGUUAAUACUUUGAACGGAAUUAUUUCAGGACUUGGAGGCAAUAUUAACAGUGGAGUUAGCAACGGCAGCAACAGCGGAUUAAGUGGAGUUUUAACUGGGGUUGUUGAUGUUGUCGUCAGUCUUGUUUCUGAUCUUUUUGGAUGUGGCGCCAAUAUCAAUUUCGAAUCCAUCUUGGGCUACCAACCACCAUCCAGCUAUGUUCCAGCUACUGAUCUAGUCAGAGACUGUUGGGGAUAUGUCUACAACCAAAACACAUUCAACAUCAUCAAGGCCACGCCAAUAUUCGGAUUCACCAUCACCAACAAUAUCCAAGUGCCAAUUGCCACCACAUGUUACACCAGCGGCACCACCACCGUUACUGAGUAUGUUGCAUGCACCCAAUGUGCCCAAGCUUCGCACACCACAUUAGCUCUUGAUUACGCUGGGGAAGUCUGGGGUGAAGGAUACGACCAAGUUGGAAACAAAUUAUCGGAAGUGAUCACCAAACCAAUCAGCUCAAAAAGACUUUCCAAAUGGGGUGCUGUGUUUGACCAGGACAACAAGCAAAUUCCAAUCUACGGGUUCACCAAGAUCGGCAAGAGACCUGUUCCAUUAGUCACCAAGGUUGUUAACAAAUCUACUUACACAGUUCCAUGCACACCAUGUCUUCGUGCCACUUCCACCACAUUGUCGAGUGAGUUAAGUAAAUUAGGUGAAUUAGGUGGAUUAGAGAUGUUCAUUGCAAGUGAAAAUUCUAGUUUAGGACUAAUGAAAAGCAAUAGUAAUAAUAACAAAUCCAGCAAUACUGACAAUAAUAUUAUGAUAAUAUCACAAUAAUAUUACGAUAAUUUUACAACAAUUUUACAAUAAUUGUGGUUUU